GCAGAAUUCGGAACUCGGGUGGCUGGAAGCGCUAUGCAGGCCAGGACUGAGGACGUGGAGAUCUCUAUUCAGGCAGUGGAGGAACUGAGGCCGAACGAGGAGGAAAACGAUCAGCAGAGGAACGCGCGCAUGAUCCUGAAACGCGAGUUCACCCAGGAGGAGAUCAUCAUAGCGAGGUUCGCCGACUUGAAUGGGCUCGAUGAGUUCACGGCCAAGGGGGACGCGCACAGGCAGCAGUGGAUGCUUCUUUACUUUCUGUCGUUUGGGUUGGCGAAGCCAGAUCGGAAGGGGCGAAGUCGAGUUCUGCUAGCAUUGGCGGCUAUCAAGAAGUGGAAGGUGAAGUUCUUUGAUAUAUCGAAGGCUUUUCUACAUGCGCCAAUUCGGGAGAAGGUCUUCCUCGAGCCUCCAGCUGAGCACAGGAGGUAUUGCAGCGAGAACUUUGGCGCGGACCCAGGCGACGUAGUUUGGAGGUUGAAUUGCGCGAUCUACAGACUUAACGAGACGACGGUGGAUUUCGAUGCGCACUACAGCCAGACCAACUUCGAGAAGCUCAAUAUGAGGAGGUUGGCUUCAGAGCCGAGGGUCUAUGUCAGCAAGGAUGCGAUGACAAUUGUGGCGAGGCACGUGGAUGACGGCAUGGUUAUUGGGGAAGGCAAUGGACCCGAUGAGUUCUAG